UUGUCUGACGCCACACUGCAAGACAACGUGGACUGGAAGUAGCCGAACCGAAAACUCGUCCUCUGCUCUGAUAAAAGUGUGACUGGUUCACGACGAUAGCACGGCCUUGACGCAGCUAGCUGGAAGCUCCAACGUGUGUGUUUUUGACUUCAGUUGCAAAGAGUAAGGUUAGGAGGGUGAAACCUGCUUCUGGACAAUGACGACAGGGGAGCAGUCAAGUGAAGGACAACACGCCAUCCUCAUGGAGGGAGAGGACAUCACCCCGAAGAAAGACGGGGGGGUUUUAAAGCUCGUGAAAAGGGAAGGCACGGGCACAGAGCUGCCUAUGACCGGCGACAAAGUGUUUGUACAUUACGUUGGCACACUUCUGGAUGGUUCUCAAUUCGACUCGAGCAGAGACAAAGAAGAGAAGUUUUCCUUUGAGUUGGGCAAAGGUCAAGUAAUAAAGGCAUGGGACGUCGGCGUAGCCACAAUGAAAGUGGGGGAGUUGUGCCAGCUCAGCUGUAAGCCUGAGUAUGCUUACGGAUCUGCAGGCAGUCCACCCAAGAUACCCCCCAAUGCCACACUUAUUUUUGAGGUGGAACUUUUUGAAUUUCGAGGUGAGGACAUAACCGAAGAGGAGGAUGGAGCGAUCAUCCGUCGCAUCAUCACUAAAGGGCAAGGAUAUUCCAAGCCCAAUGAAGGAGCCUCUGUUGACGUAACUGUGGUGGGAACCUGUGAGGGACGUGUAUUUGACGAGAGAGAAUUGAAGUUUGAGAUUGGAGAUGGAGAGGGUCUUGGCUUCCCAGUUGGAGUGGAGAAAGCUAUAAUGGCUAUGGAGCAAGGAGAGGAGGCCAUCUUCAAUAUGAAGCCUAAGUAUGGCUUUGGUAAUGCAGGCAAUGCCAAGUAUAACAUCCCUGGCGGAGCAACACUGCAUUACAAAAUCAAGCUAAAGGCAUUUGAGAAGGCCAAGGAGUCGUGGGAGAUGAACACUGUAGAGAAGCUGGAACAAAGCAUCAUUGUCAAAGACAAGGGAACCCAGUACUUUAAGGAGGGGAAAUAUAAGCAGGCAUCGGUGCAGUACAAGCGGAUCGUGUCAUGGCUGGAACACGAAUCUGGUUUGUCAGAGGAGGACGAGAAGAACGCGAAAGCUUUGCGGCUGGCAGCACAUCUGAAUUUGGCCAUGUGCUUCCUAAAACUACAGGAGCCAAAUACAGUCUUGGAAAAUUGUGACAAGGCUCUGGAGUUGCAGGCAUCCAAUGAGAAGGCAUUGUUCCGCAGGGGAGAGGCUCUGUUUGGUAUGAAGGAGUUCGACAGGGCAAGAGAUGACUUCCAGCAGGUUGUUCAGCUGUAUCCCGCCAACAAGGCUGCCAAGGGCCAGGUGAGCCUUUGCCAGAAACGUAUCAAGGAGCAGCAUGAGAAGGACAAACUCAUCUACGCCAACAUGUUCCAGAAAUUUGCCGAUAGGGAUUCAAAGGUGAAGAAAGAAGCAGAGCCUGAGGAGAGUGAGGACAAGGCGAGCGAAAAUGAAGAGAUGGAAGUUGAGAACGGAGAAAGGGAGGUUGCCAGCGAAGCGAAGGUGUAGAUGAAGAUGGGACUGUUACGGUUCAUCUGUGCUUCAGUCUUUUGUAUCUUCAGCCAUUUUUGUUUCAGAUGUGACUGUGUGUGAGUGUGUGUAUAAGAGUGUGUGACCUCGAGCAUGUCAACAAGAGCACUGACUGUAGGAGUGUCUUCGCUGGCUAACUUUGUCCCCUGGCUUUUUCCUGUGGUUGAGCACCCAAAUGGGCGGGGCUUCUCCAGGUGAUGGCCCCAGGGAAUGUGGUUUUAAUAAAUGCAUUGUGUGCCACAACAACCCCCCCGUCCCCCUUCUCAACACACAGCUUUUAAACUGUGCUUGUGUUUUCACAGCGUUUUGGGUAGGAUACAAUUUCAUCCAAGUGCAGGAAUCACCCGUCAAGGGCUAGACCAUUUACCUUGCACUACCCCAUGUCCUUGACCCUUCAUGUUUUAUGCUAUCCAUCUAACACUCCUCAUGGGCCUACUGAUCAAUUCCUGGAGUUGUGAUGGUUGUGUGCAUAGAUGUGUCUGAAUGUUAGAGUGAUUGAGUCCCAAAGUACGUAUGUAGCAGCACUGGAUAGGUGGAGUAAUGAGACGUUAGCCUGGCAUAGCAGUCGAACUUCAAGCUUCUUUCUCAAUCUAAAGAUGGCGCUCAUCUAUAGGCCCCAGGUUACAUGACUGUUUACCUUUUACUUUGGAAAUGUUGACUUUGUACUUUUCUUUUCUUUUUUGGUGUUGUGCUUUUGAAUUCUUUGUUCUCAAAAUGAUGAAUACAACCAAUUACGUAACUGGAAUAAGUGCAUUUUAAAGCAGCUAGAAAUGACAUGAAUAAGACUCCUCGGCACAAAAAAAAUAAAACAGUCAACUUAAUUUACUGUAAAAAAAGGAAUAUGAAUGAACAUAUGCUUGUUCAGCCCAUUGGAAUCGGGCUGUUGAAGACGGUACGCCAGAAUAUGAAUAUGUGAGACCUGUUCAUUGUCAGUCAACAGCACCUGUGGGGCCGAAGCUGAAUAAGGGGUUUAAUGUGUUGAGUUUCUUUGUCUUUUGGAAGAGUCACUGCUUUGUCUGCCCUGAUGGAAUGAUAUAAUAAACAAUAACUACAAUUUA